AUGGCUACGCCCAACACCCUUCCUUUAAUCAUCGACAACAAGCCUGUCCAGCCAGCAGGCUCCGCAGUGGUGACAAAUGCCUCCAGCAAGCUCAAGGCCCACUAUGUCAGAUAUGUCAGCGCCACUCCAGAAGACGCUGUUGCCGCCGUGGAAUCUGCUCAGACUGCUUUCCGCGUGUGGUCCCAAAGCCUCCCGCGCACGCGCAGGACCAUCUUGCAGAAGACGGCGGCAUUGAUCCGUGAACACGCGUCUGAACUGGUCAAGUUACAAGUCGAGGAGACCAACUGUCCUCAACCUUGGGCGGCAUUCAACAUCAAUAUAGCAGCGUUGCAUCUGGAGGAGAUUGCCGGAAGAAUCACGACAGCCCUCACGGGAGACAUACCUGUGGUUCAGACUCCAGGCCAAAUUGGAUAUGUGUACAAGCGCCCCCUUGGCGUAGUUCUGAGCAUUCCGCCGUGGAAUGCGGCAGUCUUCCUUGCGACCCGAGCCAUUGAUACUCCCAUCGCUGUGGGUUGUGCGGUCGUGCUCAAGGCGUCUGAGCAAUCACCCAACACGCACCACUUUCUGGCGGGGCUAUUCCACCGUGCCGGUCUCCCAGCUGGUGUGUUGAAUGUCAUUCAAACCCGACGAGAAGACGCCGCGGCUGUCACUGAGGCAUUGGUCUCCCACCGUCACAUCCGAAAGAUCGAGUUCAUUGGAUCGGCUGGUGUCGGAUGUCGCAUUGGUGCACUCGCCGGUAAAUACCUGAAGCCCACGCUUAUGGAGCUGGGAGGUAAAGCCGCAGCUUUGGUGCUCGACGACGCCGAUCUGGAACUCGCCGCCCAGGGCUGCGUGCACGGCGCGUACAUGCACAAUGGGCAAACGUGCUUCUCGACCGAGCGCAUCAUCGUGAACAAGACGGUCGUGGAGAAUUUCAUCCCCUUCCUGUCCGAUGCAGCAUCGAGAUUCCCCAUCCAAGAAGCUAUUUCUCCCACAGGGGCCAACAACACACUGCGAAUGUUGCAGGAUGCAGUUUCAAAGGGAGCCAAUGUGCUUUACGGCCAAGUCAAGCUCCUCUCAUCCACAAAACUGCAACCCAUCAUCCUGUCCGGGUUGACGCCCGACAUGGAGAUCCACGACAACGAAUCCUUUGGCCCGGUCCUGGCCGUGUACACCGCGGAGAAUGACGAGGAAGCAAUCGAACUUGCCAACAGCACCAAGUACGGUCUCAGCGCAGGAGUCUAUAGCAGGGACAUCGGUCGAGCAAUCAAAGUUGCGAGCCGCCUCGAGGUCGGGCAGACGCACAUCAAUUUCCCCAUGGGCACAGGGCUGGACGAGGCGACUCUGGCCGUGGGCUUAUCCAAGGGGAGUGGGUGGGCUAAACAGAAUGGAGGUUAUGGCUUGGACGAAUUCUUGGAGUUGAGAACCAUAACGGUGACGGAUCCGGUUGAAUUUGCCGCUGGUAUGGCUGCAAUGGCGCAGUCGUCAAGUGCAAAAGGAGCUUGA